AUGGCCAACGGCUAUAAUCUCUGCGUCGUAGGAUGCGGCACCAUGGGCGUCGCCAUCUUGUCAGGCGUGCUAGACUCGCUCGCGCAUCCUUCAGUCGAGUCAUCCUCGAGAAACGGGGCUGCAGAGACGCCCGACUCGAGCGCAAUCCUUGAUCCCCAAGCAGACUCGUCGCCUGCCAACUUUGUGACCACAGUGAACAGGGAGGAAUCGAUCAAGAGACUCAACAAGGUGUGGAGAGAGACUGUCAAGAACUCAGAGUUGCAUGUCGAUGUUGUCGCUGGCGACAAUGUGGGACCCGUCUCUCGAAGUGACGUGAUACUACUCUGUUGCAAGCCACAGAUGGCUCAGUCCAUUUUGCAAGUGCCCGGCAUGAGCGAAGCACUGGCAGGCAAGCUCGUCAUCUCCAUCUUGGCCGGCACACGAUUGGAGCAGCUGCAUUCUUGGUUACCGAGCGACACGCGCGUUAUUCGUGCUAUGCCUAACACGCCCUGCAAGAUCAGAGAGGGCAUGACGGUCAUAUCCAACGUCCCCACAGGGCCGAACGCACGCUUGGAUCGCGCCAUACUUAGCUCGCUCUUCACGCCGAUAGGCAGAGUGCGUUUCUUGGACGAGAAGUACUUUGAUGCUUGCACUGCUCUGUCUGGCUCAGGACCCGCUUUUGCGUGCCUCAUGCUCGAAGCCAUGGCCGAUGGGGGCGUCAUGAUGGGCUUGCCGAGAUCAGAAGCGCUCGAGCUUGCUGCUCAGACUAUGCAAGGUGCAGCUAGAAUGGUCCUCAAAAGCGGCGCACAUCCUGCAGCCAUCAAAGAUUCUGUCACCACGCCCGGUGGGUGUACGAUCGCCGGCUUACUCACGCUCGAAGACGGUCGCGUACGGUCAACGAUCGCACGGUGUAUCCAGACUGCGACAGAGCAUGCAUCUGGUCUCGGACAGGCUACGACGGGCAAGAGGUGA